GAGACAUGCAGGAGAAGUAGAGAGGUAAAAUGUGAGAACACUUCGGCUCUCUCUGUUCGGAAACUCUCCCCCUCUCCUUCCUGAUGUGAACAGCACGUUGGCUUCUCGUCUGACGCUUUCAGUCCAAGAGCCUCGCAGAUCCUCAAUCGUGACGGCUCCGUGCCUCCUGCUCACACUGUUUAAGAUUCUGGCGCUGCUUUUACCCUCCGCCAGUGCUACUGCAUCCUCCCCUUUCUCCUGACUUUUCCCUCCGCUGGAAAAAAUAACGGGAAUCUGGCUUUAAAUCUCCUGGAUUCAAUCAAGUUUGACGGAACGAGGAGUUUAUAAUGACAGCCACGAAGGAGCAGCCGAACCAGAGACCGAAUCAGCCGCAGCAGGAUGAGGACCUGGGCGGGGUCAGCCCUCCUCAGAGGAACUGGAAAGGGAUUGCUAUCGCUCUGCUGGUAAUCUUGGUGGUCUGCUCCCUCAUCACCAUGUCUGUCAUCCUCCUCACACCAGCUGACAACCAGGCUGGAAGCGACACCAAACUGACAGUGGAGGAUCUGUUCAAACCUGAGUUCAAAGUCCACGACCCUGAGGCCAAAUGGAUUAAUGACUCCGAAGUCAUCUACAGAAACACAGACGGACACGUCAUCAGGUUCAACAUCCUCACCAACGAGACCGACAUUGUUCUGACUAACACCACAUUUGUAAAUUUCAACGUGGAAAAAUACUCCGUCUCCCCAGAUCUGAAAUAUGUCCUAUUUGCUUAUGAUGUCAAACAGGUUUACCGGCACUCCUACAUGGCCUCCUACACCAUCUACAACAUCCACACACGGGAGGUUUGGGAGCUGGACCCUCCUGAGGUGGAGAACUCAGUUCUGCAGUACGCUGCCUGGGGAGUUCAAGGACAACAGCUGAUCUACAUAUUUGAAAAUAACAUCUACUACCAGUCAGACGUGAAGAGUAACUCCCUUCGGCUAACAUCCUCGGGGAAGGAAGGGAUCAUCUUCAACGGGAUAGCAGACUGGCUGUAUGAAGAGGAGAUCCUUCAGACCCAUGUUGCACACUGGUGGUCACCUGACGGAGAGAGGCUGGCCUUCCUGGUCCUCAAUGACAGUCUGGUGCCUAACAUGGCGUUACCUCGCUUCACCGGCAUGACAUACCCCAAAGGAAAGCAGUAUCCAUACCCUAAGGCGGGCCAACCCAACUCGGCGGUGAAGCUGUUCGUGGUUAAUCUCUACGGGCCGACGCACACGCUGGAGCUCAUGCCACCAGAGACACUCAAACUACGGGAACAUUAUGUAACCAUGGUGAAGUGGAUCAGCAAGACCAAGACGGCUGUCAGGUGGUUGAACCGAGCACAGAACAUCUCCAUCCUGACUGUGUGUGACACAACCACGGGAGCCUGCGUCACGAGACAUGAAGAAAGCUCAGAGCUCUGGCUCUCCAAACAGACCCAAGAGCCGGUGUUCUCCAAAGACGGCAAUAGAUUCUUCCUGACUGUACCGGUCAAACAGGGAGGGCGAGGAGAGUUUCAUCACAUUGCCAUGUUCACGACACAGUUCAGAGCAGAUCAGAAUGAAGUCCGACAUCUGACAUCAGGGAACUGGGAGGUGACCAAGAUCAUCGCUUAUGAUGAGAACACUGACAACCUAUAUUUUCUGAGCACAGAGGGUUCAUCUCGAAGGCGGCAACUUUUCAGUGUUAAAACUGUUGGUCUGUUCCCACGUCGCUGUUUGACAUGUGAGCUAAAUAAAGCUCACUGUCUGUACUUCGAUGCCGACAUCAGCCCCACGAACCAGCACAUCAUCCUGCACUGUAAAGGUCCUGGAGCACCGACUGUGAUUUUACACAGCCUCAAUAACUCCAAUUACUACAUCCUGGAGAACAACUCUUUACUGAAGGCAGCUCUGAAGUACAAAAGGAUCCAGCUGACUGACUUCAGAACGGUUCCCAUGGAGCACUUUGAUUUACCCUUGAAGAUCUCCUACCCACCAGACUUCUCUGAAUCUCGUCAUUAUGGACUACUGAUGGUGGUUGACAGCACCCCUGGUGGUCAGGCUGUGAGCGACCGUUACUCUGUCAGCUGGGACUCGGUCUUGGUCAGCUCAGACAACAUCAUUGUGGCUCGUCUGGACGGUCGGGGCAGCGGCUUCCAGGGUCAGAGAAUCCUCCACGAGGUCCACCAGAGACUAGGGACAGUUGAUGUUCAGGACCAGAUUGCAGCAGUAGAAUACAUGAUGAAAUUUCCAUACAUUGAUCGGACAAGGAUAGCGGUGUUUGGAAGGGGUUAUGGAGCGUACAUAACAUUAAUGAUGCUUAAGUCUACCGACAGCCUCUUCAAAUGUGCGUGUGCGAUGUCACCAGUGACAGACUGGAAACUCUAUGCAUCUGCGUUCUCGGAGAGAUACCUCGGCAUGCCAUUACGGGAUGACAGCAGAUAUCAGUUUUCCAGUGCGCUGCAGAACGCUCAGGCUCUGAGGGAGCAGACGUUGAUGCUGGUGCACGGCACAGCUGACGCCAACAUCCACUUUCAGCACACUGCUGAGCUCGUCAAGAACCUUGUCAAAGUCGGAGCAAACUAUUCCAUGCAGAUCUACCCAGACGAAGGUCAUUUCCUGUCCCAGCAGAGCCGCCUGCACCUCUACUUCACGCUGACCAGCUUCUACAGGGAGUGUCUGAAGGAGGAGUUAUUACCGCUGCCUGACGAGGAGGAGGAAGAGGAGGAGUAGGCGGGAUGCUUUGGGGGUCAGACCUUUGGCACAGCUUGAAGAAUUUCUCUGAAAUCCGUCAAGGCCUUUCGUGUUUGGACCAAGUGUUUAACCGGACAUGGACACUGGUUUAGAGCUGCUAAUGCUCUCUGAGUGAGUGAGUGUUUGUGUGAGUGUAUGUAUGAGAGCGUGACUGUGUAUAAAUGUGAGAUAACUGACGGACACAGACAGACAGUAGCCGGGACUGGAGCUGGGAGCUGCCCUCUAGCAUAAAGUCAUUUCAGUAUUGCUCCAGGACGCUCCGUUUCUCAGCAAAGUGUGGAAGACUGUCUCCAUCUUUCUGCAGACUUCCUACAGAUGUAGUCAUCGACACAAAUGCAUGGUUCUUUUUUUCCCCUCUCGGCUUCACCUAUCUCGCCACGUUAGCAUCCUUUGUGGGAUAAAAGAACACGGACGUUCACGUUUGAUCUCACUUCUCCUUCAGUUGUUCGCACGAGGAGAAUUUGCAGAAAUGUUUAGUCACCGAGUUCACCAAAACCAAUCCUGAUAAGAGCUAUCCUGCUGAAUCCUCCCUGCCAUCACCCACCAUCUUUAGAGGCCACACUUUAUUGUACAGAGGUCUUGUGUAGACAUGUACAAUGCCUUAUGAGGUGCAACAUACUGUAAUAUUACCCGCUGGCAGUGGUAGUCAUCCAUUAGCGGUGUCAUGCUAACCUUUGUCAACUCAGGUCGUCGAGACACAGCAUUACAGUCAGUUUAUUAUCUGAAACUCUACGUCAGCUGUCUGGUUAAGUUUUAUGAUGUGAAGGUGAUGGAUACUGGCCAUACAGACGAUUCAAAGUUCUCCAUCAUGAUGCAACAUUUAACGGCAGUUUCCUUUGAGAUCUCUAAAAGAAAAGGAGAGGGGCGAUCUUUCAGAGAAUCUCCACCUGAUUCUUGAAGUCUAGAGAAUGUUUUCCUGUUUCUGGGUUUUCUCUUGUUUCAAGAAGACUUUGUACAUGCAGUGGAUAUUUAAGGGAUGCUUUAGAUUUUCUGAUGUGGGUUUGUGUGAGGAACUUAAAAUACAGAAUUUAACCGACAGGAAAUGCAAGAUGACGCAAAAACCUUUACUCAGCACCACUCUGGAUUUUUCUUUUAAUUAGUUUUUGGCCUUUCUAUGACUUAAUUUUAGGGACAGUUGAUUGAGCAGGAUAUCAGAGGGACCCACAAAUUCCUCAUACUUUGUGUUUGCACUGCGGUUUUGACGGCACAUGCCAUUUCUCACUGGAUCGGCCUCUGGAGUGAUGUGCAGCGGACUGCAGCCCUGAGCAGCUGGAGAGGAGAGAUCACAGGAUCAUGGUGUUGUCGUGGGAAUUGCAAGAUCACACCAUGACAAUAAGUCCUAUGUAAGAUAAACCAGUGUUUCCUAAACUUUUUCUUUACUGAUGUACGAGCCAUCAUGGCCUGAUCCAAAACUGACCUGAUCUGUAAAUCAUUAGGCAGGUUAAUUGUGCACAAAUAGAAGUUUUUGAUGACUUUAAUACUGUGUCUCCACCAUUGUUUAGUUUCAAAACAAACAAAUAUGUAUAGAAUCAUUAAUGUUGCAAAACUCAAGAUUUUGAGAGCAUGACUAACUGAUUUGGGCCUCAGACUGUCCCCAGACUUUACGUUCAAACUUUCUUUGUGCUCAGAACAGCUGCUUGCUCAGAUAUCCUGAACUCAUGAUUUGUUUCAAUCUGUGACUUUGUCCGAUUUGACUUAAGGUAGCUAAUAUUAGCAAAUAUAGAAGCUAGCAAAGAAGCUAGCAGUUCCCUGGUGUACAAGCAUUAAUUAAAAAUGCUGCUUUUUUAUCAGCAUUUAGGUUAUACUUUGCAACACAAAUUUUAAUCUUUUAGGAUAUUUUUCAGAUUUGACUUAAGGUAGCUAAUGUUAAACUAGCUUAUGUCUAAUAUAAAAGCUUUAAAGCUAGGCAGCUAGCAUAUUAGUCUGGGGAAGCGACAAGCUCAUUCAGUAUGAUGGUGACUUGUGAUUGGGUGAGAGGUUGAGCUUAUGACUUCACCUGAUUGGAAGGCUGUUGGAGGGCAUGAUGUGCCUUCUGGGCAGCUGCUGCCUUCCAGGCAAAUUUGAGGGCACAAACCUCCAUCGAGCGGCUCGAUACCGAUGGUGUGCCGAUUCGGCAGACAUUUAAAAACUGCAGAAAGUUUUUCAGAGAGCCAAAAGGGAAACCUAUAAAUGGCAAAAUCAAGCACUGAUGAUAAAUGAUUUUAAGAUUAAAAAGUCAAAAUGGUAAAUUUAUAGGCUCAUAAUCUGAGACAAAAAGUCACACAUAAUAGUUCAAAAGGUCAAGACAUGAAAUUGAAAGCCAAGUGUAGCCAAAAUGUUUUAUGUUCAAAGGAAAAUAUAUGAGCUAGAAAGUUGAAAUCAGCAGUUAUAAAGUCAAAAUAUGAUUUGAAAUUUAAAUGUGAACCUUAAAGACCAAAAUAUGACAUAAAACGUCAAAACCAUGAAUUUAAGUCAUAAUUGUGGAAUGCAAACUUGAAAAUUUGAAAUGAAAACACAAUUUUUUUUCCACAUAUCUGGCUAUUUUAAUCGAUUUAUAUUUAGUUUUAAUAAGAAUGUGCUGGGAUCCUGCGGGCCGGGUAUAACUUUAUGAUAGGCCACAUUUAGCCCCCAGGCCUUGACUUUAACAACCCGUGGAUACACAGGUCAAGGAGGAUAAACACAAACCCUCUCCACAACAGUUGUGAUAGAAGUUUUUUGCAACUCGUGCAUCGACAAAUUAAUUUCCCACUGUAGUUGCGUCUCCUUUGCCUACAGUGAUAAAUGCAAACAAUGUUAAAACUGGCCACGGGAGCUAGUCUGUGUUGACUUUCCAUUCUGAAAGUGGAAAGUGUCUUUGGAGCAGCCACAGCCAGGCAGAGGUCAACUAAUCUUUAUUUUUCCUGCAGAAAUUCUGGCCAAUUAGAGAGCCAAGCCUAUCACACAUUUUGGUAGGCUUGUCAAUGUGCGAACAAGGACCAAACCUGACGCUACAAUGCAGCAAUACAACAGAUUGGCCCAUGAUCCUCCCCAGAGCAAUUACAGAGACAUGAAAAUGCCACAAGUGUAUACUACAUAUAAAAUACAUACUAUUUUAAGGUUUCCCUUUGCCAUUUGACUGCCCUUUUUUUGGCAUGUUGUUUUUUAAACUGCACCUGCUCCAUCCAUAUUCUUACAUGUGGAUCUAUUUAGAAGAUUUUGCAGUUGUGCAUGCUUAUUUUCCUGGCUGUUCAAGCUAAUGAAGUCCUAUUGACCAUCAGCUUUAUUAGCUAUUUAUGUUUAGUGAUAAUGGCCAUCAACAGCUGUGAUUUGCUGCUCUAAAUAAAAGCAUCAAGACUUGGCCAGAUACACUGAGAUUGCUCUGUGUCUGCAGGAAUAGUUUUCUGCAGAGAGGCACAUCUAAACAGGGACUGUGCCGACAUUUAUCCUAUUUAAAUAAUAUUCUGUUUUUGACAAGUUCUUCAUACAAACCCAGUUAAAUAGAAUCUGAUCUCUCCCUUUAAAGGAUGGGUGUACUAAGAUAAACCGUUCCACAGUGUCAGUAAGGUGUUUGCAUGUCUACAGGGAAUGUGUCAAGUGUUGCCACAUUUUGUACAGUACAAUACAGCAGAGUGUGUACAUAAAUAUAUUUUUGAGAUGUCACAUCUCAUAGAUAGUUUAGUCUAUGGGGAUGGAUUGA